UCUACAGGGUGGGAAUCUCACUUGUUGAUGUGUUGAAUUGCCUGCCAAGAAAUGCAUCACUGUUUUGAUUAUAAGUACUGGGGCUGAACAUAUGUUGCACGCACAUGACUGUUGUGUUUGGUCCUUGUGUGUUUUUCAAAUAUUGUGUGAAGGACCGGGGCCUGGGCGAUACAUCCUACCACCGACUAUUGGCUUUAUAGGCCAUGAUUUCACAAAGCUGACUAGUCCUGCCUACACCUUUCAUCGUAGGAUGAGUAACAACAUGCACUGCAUAGACUGCAGUCCAGGACCUAAAUAUCAUAUUGACGCAAAGCUUACUCGUUUUGGAAGGGAUGGCACCCCAGCCUAUUCAAUACAUGGAAGAAUGGAAGGUCGAGGAGGAGUUUUCUGCACUCCUGGACCAGGAGCAUACAGCCCCGAGAAAGCCCCUUUUGGCAGCAACCAUCGCAAACAACCAUCCCACACUAUGGGUUACCGCACUCAGUAUCGGUCCGUCGACGCCGUGCCCGCCCCAAACAAAUAUACCCUUCCUUCUCUCAUGGGCUCCCACAUCCUGACCAAGACAUCGAGUGCUAGCUACACCAUCUCUGGGAAAAGCAAAACGGGAGGUCCUGCCGAGGACUUAUCUAAAACGCCAGGUCCUGGUAGAUAUAACAGCACAGAUCCCAACGUCUAUCUCCCGAGACGGCCUGCUUUCUCUAUGCUGGGCAGACACGAUGCAAAAAGGGAGUCAACAGUAGUACCAGGCCCUGGAAGUCAUAACCCUGAGAAAGUGACAGUGCACAAGCCCAGACCUCCUGCAUUCUCUUUAGGCAUCAGACACUCGGAGUUUGUAACACCUUUAGUUACAGAUUAAUACUAGUUUGAGGUUAACAUUUCACUAUAGAUAACUAGUUGUAUUUUAUGAAUAUGCAUUUACUUUUUAAA